AUGAAUUGCCUAGCUCUUUCACUGGGCUUCCGCUUCUCGUUUCACGUCAUUGAAACAUUGAUCUUUGCUUAUUUUGUUUCCAUAUCGUUGGCUCACUCACAAGGUCUUUUCCCAAGGCUGGAGAAUGUGGGAGCUUUCAAGAAGGUUUCAAUGGUGCCAACCCAAGCAACGUGUGGACUCCCAGACCGAAACACUUUUUGUCACAGUUCUGCCGAAAGUCUCCAGUUCUGCACCCAGCGAUUUUGCAUUCAGGACUGUCCACAUCGAUCUUCAUCCCCGAACUUUACUGCCCUGCUCUCAGCAGGGUUCAGAGGCUGCAUCACCGCAGACCAGCAGGAUCUGCGUCCCAACUCCCAUAGCAAUUCGACAAGUUUUAUUUUUGGAAAUCACAAGAAUUGCUUUUCUUCUCCUCCUCCUCCAACGCUGGCGGCAUCGUUUACUUUAGCUGUGUGGUUGAAACCUGAGCAAGAGGGUGUAAUGUGUGUUAUAGAAAAGACGGCGGAUGGGCAGAUUGUGUUCAAACUUACAAUAUCUGAGAAAGAGACCAUGUUUUAUUACCGCACAGUAAAUGGUUUGCAGCCUCCAAUAAAAGUAAUGACACUGGGGAGAAUUCUUGUGAAGAAAUGGAUUCAUCUUAGUGUGCAGGUGCAUCAGACAAAAAUCAGUUUCUUCAUUAAUGGUUUGGAGGAGGAUAAUACAGCCUUUGAUGCAAGAACUCUAACUGGUUCCAUUACAGAUUUUUCCUCUGGUACCAUGCAAAUAGGACAGAGCAUCAAUGGCUUAGAGCAAUUUGUUGGAAGAAUGCAAGAUUUUCGGUUAUACCAAGUGGCACUUACAAACAGAGAGAUUCUGGAAGUCUUUUCUGGAGAUCUGCUGAGAUUGCAUGUUCAGUCACAUUGCCGCUGCCCCAGCAGCCACCCUCAGGUCCAUCCUUUGGAACAGCGGUACUGCAUUCCUAAUGACGCAGAAGACACAACCAAUAAUAGGGUGUUACGGCUGAAUCCUGAAGCCCAUCCUCUUUCUUUUGUCAAUGAUAAUGAUCUUGGUACUUCAUGGAUUUCACAUGUGUUUACAAACAUUACCCAGCUUAAUCAAGGAGUGACUGUUUCAAUAGAUUUGGAAAAUGGACAGUAUCAGGUGUUUUAUAUUAUCAUUCAGUUCUUUAGUCCACAACCAACAGCAAUAAGAAUUCAAAGAAAGAAGGAGGACAGCCUAGAUUGGGAGGAUUGGCAAUAUUUUGCUAGAAAUUGCAGCGCUUUUGGGAUGAAAAACAAUGGCGAGUUGGAAAAUUCUGAUUCUGUCAACUGUCUUCAGCUUCCCAAUUUUACUCCAUAUUCCCGUGGUAAUGUCACAUUUAGCAUCCUAACACCUGGACCAAAUCGUCGUCCUGGAUACAACGAUUUCUAUAAUACCCCAUCUCUUCAAGAGUUUGUAAAAGCCACGCAAAUAAGACUUCAUUUCCAUGGGCAGUACUAUACAACUGAGACUCCUGUCAGCCCCAGACACAGAUACUAUGCGGUCAAUGAAAUCACCAUUACUGGAAGAUGUCAGUGCUAUGGUCAUGCUGAUAACUGUGACAUGACAAGCCAGCCCUAUCGAUGCCUCUGCUCUCCAGAAAGCUUCACCAAAGGACUUCACUGUGACCACUGCUUGCCUCUUUAUAAUGACAAGCCUUUCCGCCAAGGUGAUCAAGUUCAUGCUUUCAACUGUAAACCUUGUCAAUGCAACAGCCAUUCCAGAAGCUGCCACUAUGACAUCUCAGUGGACCCGUUUCCAUUUGAGCACCACAGAGGGGGUGGAGGAGUUUGUGAUGAUUGUGAGCAUAACACUACAGGAAAGAACUGCGAGCUGUGUAAGGAUUACUUUUUCCGACAAGUUGGUGCAGAUCCUUCAGCCAUAGAUGUUUGCAAACCCUGUGAUUGUGAUAAAGUUGGCACUAGAAACAGAAGCCUCCUUUGUGAUCAGAUUGGAGGCCAGUGUAAUUGUAAGAGACACGUGUCUGGCAGACAGUGCAAUCAGUGCCAGAAUGGAUUUUACAAUCUACAGGAGUGGGACCCUGAUGGCUGCAGUUCCUGUAACUGUAAUACCUCUGGGACAGUGGAUGGAGAUGUUACUUGUCACCCAAAUUCAGGCCAGUGCAAGUGCAAAGCAAAUGUUAUUGGCCUUCGAUGUGAUCAUUGCAAUUUUGGAUUUAAAUUUCUCCGAAGUUUUAACGAUGACGGAUGUGAGCCCUGCCAGUGUAACGUCCACGGCUCAGUGAACAAACUCUGCAAUCCUCUUUCCGGGCAGUGUGAGUGCAAAAAAGAAGCCAAAGGACUUCAGUGUGACACCUGCAGAGAACACUUUUAUGGGCUGGACAUCGCCAGUUGUAAGGCCUGUGACUGUGAUGCAGCUGGAUCCGUCCCUGGGAGUGUCUGUGAGGCUGCGACAGGGCAGUGCAUCUGUAAACCCAAUGUUGGAGGGAGACAGUGCAAUGAAUGUUUGGACAGAUACUUCUACCUGCAGCAAAAUAAUUCUUUCCUGUGUCUGCCUUGUAACUGUGAUAGCCGUGGAACAGUAAAUGGCUCUCUGCUGUGUGACAAAUCAACAGGACAAUGUCCUUGCAAAUUAGGAGUAACAGGUCUUCAUUGUAAUCAGUGUGAGCCUCACAGGUACAAUUUGACCAUUGGCAAUUUCCAAGGCUGCCAGAUGUGUGAGUGUGACUCCUUGGGGACAUUGCCUGGGACCAUUUGUGACCCAAUCAGUGGCCAGUGCCUAUGUUUGCCUAAUCGUCAAGGAAGAAGGUGUAAUCAGUGUCAACCAGGUUUUUAUAUUUCCCCAGGCAAUGCUACUGGCUGCCUGCCAUGUUCGUGCCAUACAGCCGGAGCAGUUAGUCACAUCUGUAAUAGCCUAACUGGUCAGUGCAUUUGCCAAGACGCUUCCCUUGCCGGGCAAAGUUGUGACCAUUGUAAAGACCAUUACUUUGGAUUUGAUCCUCAGACUGGAAGAUGUCAGCCUUGCAAUUGUCAUCUCUCAGGAGCCUUGAAUGAAACCUGUCACUUGGUCACGGGCCAGUGUUUCUGUAAACGAUUUGUCACUGGCUCAAAGUGUGACUCUUGUGUUCCAAGUGCAAGCCAUUUGGAUGUCAACAAUCUAUUGGGCUGCAGCAAAACUCCAUCACAGCAACCUCCACCCAGAGGACAAGUGCAAAGUUCUUCUGCUAUCAGUCUUUCGUGGAGUCCACCUGAUUCUCCAAAUGCCCACCGGCUUACUUAUGGUUUAUUCAGGGAUGGUUUUGAAAUCUACACAACUGAAGAUCAAUACCCAUACAAUAUUCAGUACUUUUUAGACACUGCCCUGUCACCAUAUACUUCAUAUUCCUAUUACAUCGAGGCCACCAAUGUGCAUGGUUCAACAAGGAGUGCAGCUGUCACUUACAGGACAAGACCAGGGGUCCCAGAAGGAAGCUUGAACUUGAGUUAUAUCACUCCUGUUAGCUCAGACUCUGUGACACUUAUCUGGACUGCACCUUCCAAUCGUUCUGGUCCUAUCGAGAAAUAUAUUCUGUCCUGUGCUCCUUUAGGUGGCAUCCAGCCAUGUGUUCCCUAUGAAGGUCAUGAAACUUCAACUACCAUCUGGAAUCUGGUUCCAUUCACCAAGUACCAUUUUUCUGUACAGGCAUGUACAAGUGGGGGCUGUUUACAUAGUUCGCCCCUUACAGUGACCACAGCCCAGGCACCUCCCCGAAGGCUGGGUCCACCAGAGGUACGGACGAUCAGUGCCACAGAGCUUCAUGUAGAGUGGUCUCCACCAAUGGAACCCAACGGAAUAAUUAUAAGAUAUGAGCUAUACAUGAAAAGAUUGAAAUCUAAUGGAGAAAUGAUGUCAGCAGAACGUCAAGUUUUUCAGAGCAGUGGCUGGCUCAGUCCUCACCCAUUUGCAGAAUCAGCCAAUGAAAAUGCAUUAAAACCUCCUCAAACAACCACAACCGUCACUGGCUUGGAACCAUAUACCACAUACGAGUUUAGAGUCUUAGCUGUGAAUAUGGCUGGCAGUGUGUCUUCAGCCUGGACUUCAGAAAGAACAGGAGAAUCAGCGCCUGUAUUCAUGACCCCUCCUUCAGUCUUCUCGCUCUCACCAUACUCUCUCAAUGUAUCUUGGGAGAAGCCAGCAGAUGAUGAUGCAAGAGGAAAAGUUGUGGGGUAUAACGUCAAUAUGAUUUCCGAACAACCAUCUCAACAACCUAUUCCGGCAACGUUUUCACAGGUGUUGUACACUGCAAAAUCCCAAGAACUGUAUUAUGUUGUAAAAGGACUAAAACCUUACAGGAUUUACAACUUUACUGUUUCUCUCUGCAAUUCAAUUGGUUGUGUCACCAGUGCUCCGGGAGAAGGACGGACAUUAGCAGCAGCACCAGCCCAACUGAGGCCUCCUCUGGUUGAGGGAAUGAACAGCACAGCCAUCCAUCUUACGUGGCUUGAACCUGAAGAACUGAAUGGACCUUCUCCUGUAUACCAGCUAGAAAGGAGAGUGUCAUCUCUACCAGCUCCAAGGGCCAAGAUGAUGAAAGGCAUUCGUUUCACAGGAAAUGGAUAUUAUAAAUUCCCCAGCUCCACUCACCCAGUCAAUACAGACUUUACCGGCAUUAAGGCCAGCUUUCGAACAAGGGUGCCUGAAGGUUUGAUUGUCUUUGCCGCGUCACCUGGCAAUCAGGAAGAGUAUUUUGCACUUCAGUUGAAGAAUGGACGUCCUUAUUUCCUUUUUGAUCCUCAGGGGUCUUCUGUGGAAGUGACCACAACUAACGAUGACGGUAAACAAUACAGUGACGGCGAAUGGCAUGAAAUAAUCGCUAUUAGGCAUCAGGCUUUUGGCCAAAUCACACUGGAUGGGCAAUAUACAGGUUCCGCGGCCACCCCAAAUGGUAGUACUAUCAUUGGAGAAAACACAGGAGUGUUUGUGGGAGGGCUGCCGCGGGGUUAUGCCAUCCUCAGGAAUGAUCCUGAUAUAAUCCAAAAGGGUUUUGUGGGCUGUCUCAAGGAUGUGUAUUUUAUGAAGAAUUACAAUCCCUCUGCUGUUUGGGAACCUGUGGUUUGGCAGAGUUCUGAAGAGCAAAUAAAUGUGUAUAGCGAAUGGGAGGGAUGCCCUGGUUCAUUACAGGAGGGAGCCCAGUUCCUUGGAACAGGGUUCCUGGAACUUUAUCCACAUGUGUUUCGCGGUGGAAGGGACUUUGAGAUUUCCUUAAAGUUCAGAACUGACCAAUUGAAUGGAUUGCUUCUUUUCGUUUACAACAGAGAUGGACCUGAUUUUCUUAUUAUAGAACUGAAGAAUGGAAUAUUGAGCUUCCGGUUAAAUACCAGUCUUACUUUGACACAAGUGGAUCUAUGGCUGGGACUGUCCUAUUGUGAUGGAAAGUGGAAUAAAGUGAUUAUUAAAAAGGAAGGCUCCGUCAUAUCGGCAAGCAUGAAUGAACUGAUGGAGCGUGUGUCAGAGUCCAGAGCCCAGCCACUGAUGGUAAAUUCCCCAGUCUAUGUGGGAGGAACCCCACAGGAGCUGCAAGACUCUUAUAAGCAUCUGAGCUUGGAACAAGGUUUCGGUGGCUGCAUGAAGGAUGUUAAAUUUGCACGGGGUGCUGUCGUUAACUUGGCAUCUGUGUCCAGCAGUGCUGUCAGAGUCAAUCUGGAUGGAUGCCUAUCAACUGACAGCACUGUUAACUGCAGGGGAAAUGACUCCAUCCUGGUUUACCAGGGAAAGGAGUGGCGUGUUUAUGAGAGCGGUCUCCAGCCUUUUACAGAAUACCUGUAUCGAGUGAUGGCCUCACAUGAAGGAGGUUCUGUAUAUAGCGAUUGGAGUCGGGGACGGACAACUGGAGCAGCUCCGCAAAGUGUGCCAACUCCCUCAAGAGUCCGCAGCAUAAACGGAUAUAGCAUUGAGGUGACCUGGGAUGAACCUGUCAUGGUUAGAGGUGUAAUUGAGAAGUACAUUCUGAAAGCUUACAGUCAGGAAGGUCCCCAUCCACUGCGCAUGCCCUCUGCCAGCUCUGAGUUUGUCAAUAACAGCACCCUCACAGGCAUAUUGACAGGCUUACUACCCUUCAAAAACUAUGCAGUAACCCUGACUGCGUGCACUUUGGCUGGCUGUACUGAGAGCUCCCAGGCAUUGAACAUUUCUACUCCACAAGAAGCUCCACAAGACGUUCAGCCACCAGGAGCCAAAUCUCUUCCCAAUUCUUUGUUACUCUCCUGGAAUCCACCCAAAAAAGCCAAUGGGAUUAUAACUCAGUACUCUUUAUACAUGGAUGGGAUGCUAAUCUAUUCAGGCAAGGAAGAGAACCACACAGUCACAGAUUUAGCAGUAUUUACGCCCCACCAGUUUCUGCUCAGCGCUUGCACACGUGUGGGAUGCACAAACAGUUCCCUGGUCAUACUGUACACGGCACAGCUGCCACCACAACACGUGGAUUCCCCGAUCCUGACUGUCCUGGAUUCUAGAACUAUAUACGUACAGUGGAAACAACCAAGAAAAGUAAAUGGAGUUCUGGAGCGCUAUAUAUUAUAUAUUUCAAAUCACACGCACGAUUUUACAAUUUGGGAUGUCAUCUAUAACAGCACAGAACUUUUCCAGGAUCACACGCUACACUACCUUUUCCCUGGUAAUAAAUAUCUCAUCAAGCUGGGAGCGUGCACGGGGGGUGGGUGCACAGUGAGCGAGGCCAGCGAGGCCCUGACCGACGAGAGCACCCCCGAAGGCGUGCCGACCCCCAGAACUCAUUCCUAUUCACCCCACUCCUUUCACAUCUCCUGGACUGAGCCUGAAUAUCCGAAUGGUGUUAUCACAAGUUAUGGACUCUACCUAGACGGUGUAUUAAUUCACAAUUCCACAGAACUCAGCUGUCACGCUUCCGGCUUUGCUCCUUGGAGCUCACAUUCCUUCAGAGUCCAAGCGUGCACCGCCAAAGGUUGUGCGCUGGGCCCGCUGGUGGAAAAUCGAACUCUAGAAGCUCCUCCUGAAGGAGUAGUAAACGUGUUUGUCGAAACAGAGGGAUCACGGAAAGCCCACGUGAGGUGGGAGGCACCUUUUCACCCUAAUGGACACUUAACAUACACCGUCCUUUUUACUGGAAUGUUCUAUGCAGAUCGAGCAGAUAAUAACUACACUCUUCUGAACGGCACACAAAUCAUGCAUCGAGGUGAAGAGACCAACCUUUGGGUGCUCAUCGAUGGGCUGGUGCCUUUUACUAACUAUACUGUGCAAGUGAAUGUUUCAAAUAGCCAAGGCAGCUUGAUAAGUGAUCCCAUCGCGAUUGCAAUGCCACCAGGGGCUCCAGAUGGUGUGCUGCCUCCCAGGCUUUCAUCUGCCACUCCAACCAGUCUUCAGGUUGUCUGGUCUACACCAGCUCGUAACAAUGCUCCCGGCUCUCCCAGAUACCAACUCCAGAUGAGGCCUGGCCGCUCCACCCGUGGAUUUCUAGAGUUAUUUUCCAAUCCUUCUGCAUCGUUAAGCUAUGAAGUGAGAGAUCUCCAACCUUACACAGAGUAUGAGUUUCGGGUGGUUGCCUCCAAUGGAUUUGGCAGUGCACAUAGUUCUUGGAUUCUAUUCACAACCACAGAGGACAAACCUGGACCUAUAGACCCUCCGAUUCUUCUGGACGCGAAGUCAAGAAUGAUGUUGGUCACCUGGCAGCAUCCUUUAAAGUGCAAUGGCGUUCUUACCCAUUAUAACAUUUACCAACAUGGCGAUCUCUACUUGAAAACUUCUGGAAAUAUGACUAAUUGCACCGUGAUCCAUUUACAACCCCAUACUGCGUAUAAGUUUCAGGUAGAAGCCUGUACUUCAAAAGGGUGUUCCAUCUCACCAGAGUCCCAGACUGUCUGGACACUCCCAGAUGCACCAGAAGGCAUCUCAAGUCCAGAGUUGUUCUCUGAUACCCCAACAUCUGUGAUUAUCUCUUGGCAACGCCCCACCCACCCCAACGGCUUGAUAGAGAACUUCACAAUCGAGAGAAGAGUCCCAGGGAAGGAAGAAGUUACUAUUCUAGCGACUCUCCCAAGAAAUCAUUCCAUGAGGUUUAUUGACAAGACUUCUGCUCUUAGCCCAUGGACAAAAUAUGAAUACCGGGUACUGAUGAGCACUCUUAAUGGAGGGACAAACAGCAGUGCUUGGAUCCAAGUGACCACGAGACCCUCACGACCUGUUGGAGUACAGCCACCCAUGGUGCAUGUGCUAGGACCCGAUGCAGCCAAGGUCACUUGGAACCCCCCACUCAUCCAGAAUGGAGAAGUGCUUCGCUAUGAGAUCCGCAUGCCUGACCCUCACAUCAUGAUAAUCAAUGUUACUUCCUCGGUGUUCAGUCAAGUGGUUACUGGCCUGAUUCCUUUCACUAAUUAUUCUGUCACCAUUGUGGCUUGCUCAGGGGGUAAUGGGUAUCUCGGAGGAUGCACAGAGAGUUUACCUACCCAUGUUACCACUCACCCCACCCUACCGCAGGGUGUUAGCCCGUUGUCGGUGAUUCCACUAAGUGAAUCGUAUGUUGGGAUUUCUUGGCAGCCACCAUCCAGGCCAAAUGGACCCAAUUUGAGAUAUGAGCUUCUGAGACGUAAAAUCCAGCAACCACUUGCAUCAAAUCCCCCAGAAGAUUUAAAUCUGUGGCACAAUAUUUAUUCAGGAACUCAGUGGUUUUAUGAAGAUAAGGGUCUUAGCAGGUUUACGACGUACGCAUACAAGGUCUUUGUACACAACAGUGUGGGUUUUACACCGAGCCAAGAAGUGACUGUGACGACGUUAGCUGGUCUUCCAGAAAGAGGACCCAAUGUCACCGUGAGUGUCCUCAACCACACAGCCAUAGAUGUGACAUGGGCUAAACCAUCUUUUCGAGACCUACAAGGUGAUGUUGAAUAUUAUACACUUUUUUGGAAUUCUGCUACCUCCAAUGAAUCUCUAAAAAUCCUCCCCGAUGUAAACUCUCAUGUCAUUGGCCAUUUAAAUCCAAACACAGAGUAUCAGAUUUUUAUCUCUGUCUUCAAUGGAGCCCACAGUAUCAACAGUGAAGUACUGCAUGCAACCACUCGCGAUGGAGAGCCUCAGGGCGUGCUUCCUCCGGAGGUUGUCAUCAUCAACAGUACAGCUGUACGUGUCAUCUGGACAUCUCCUUCAAACCCAAAUGGUGUUGUCACGGAAUAUUCUGUCUAUGUAAAUAAUCAGCUCUACAAGACUGGAAUGAAUGUGCCCGGGUCUUUCAUUCUGCGAGACCUGGCUCCCUUUACUAUCUAUGACAUUCAGGUUGAAGUCUGCACAAAUUAUGCCUGUGUGAAAAGCAAUGGAACCCAAAUUACCACUGUGGAAGACACGCCAAGCGAUAUACCAACACCCACAAUUCAUGGCAUCACUUCAAGAUCCCUUCAUAUCGAUUGGAUGUCUCCAGGGAAACCGAAUGGCAUCAUUCUUGGAUAUGAGCUCUUACGGAGAACAUGGCAUUCUUGCCCUAAAACCCAGAAGUUAAUGAGGAACCACAGUGCUGAGCUCUGUAUGGCAGUGAAGUGUCAGACACCUGAAACUAUGUGUGGACCCAGGUGUUAUUCUCCUGAAGCCAAGGUUUGCUGUAAUGGAAUUCUCCACGACCCCCAGCCUGGACACAGCUGUUGUGAAGAGAAGUAUAUCCCAUUUAUUCUGAAUUCAAGCGGAGUUUGUUGCGGUGGCCGAAUACAAGAGGCGAGACCAAACCACCAGUGUUGCUCUGGGUACUACGUUAGAAUUUUACCAGGUGAAGUAUGCUGUCCAGAUGAGCAGCACCAUCGGGUUUCCGCUGGCGUCGGCGACUCCUGCUGUGGCAGAAUGCCGUACUCCACCUCAGGAAACCAGAUCUGCUGUGCUGGGAGGCUUCGGGAUGGCCUCGGCCAGCAGUGCUGUGGGGGACAGAUUGUGAGCAAGGAUGUAGAGUGCUGUGGUGGCGAAGAAGAGGGUGUCGUGUACAGGCGCCUUCCAGGGAUGUUCUGUUGUGGGCAGGAUUAUGUGAAUAUGUCAGAUACCAUAUGCUGCUCAGCUUCCAGUGGAGAGUCUAAAGCAUAUGUUAAAAAGAAUGACCCGGUGCCAGUAAAAUGCUGUGAGACUGAACUUAUUCCAAAGAGCCAGAAAUGCUGUAAUGGAGUUGGAUAUAAUCCUUUGAAAUAUGUUUGCUCUGACGAGAUUUCGACUGGAAUGAUGAUGAAGGAACCCACAGAGUGCCGGACUCUCUGCCCAGCAUCCAUGGAAGCCACAGCGCAUUGUGGCAGGUGUGAUUUCAACUUUACCAGUCACGUAUGUACUGUGAUAAGAGGAUCUCACAAUUCUACGGGGAAAACGUCAAUCGAAGAAGUAUGCUCAUCUGUGGAAGAGACAGUUCAUACAGGAAGUGUAAACACAUUCUCCUUUACAGAUAGGAACCUGGAGCCCUACAUGACAUAUGAGUACAGGAUUUCUGCGUGGAACAGCUAUGGGCGAGCAUUCAGCAGAGCUGUUAGAGCCAGCACGAAAGAAGAUGUACCUCAAGGAGUGGGUCCCCCCAGGUGGACCAAAAUGGACAAUCUUGAAGAUGUGAUAGUCUUAAACUGGAAGAAACCUAUACAACCAAAUGGUCCUAUUAUUUAUUACAUUCUUCUCCGAAAUGGAAUUGAACGCUUUCGGGGACCAUCACUGAGCUUCUCCGAUACAAAGGGAAUUCAGCCAUUUCAGGAAUAUUCAUACGAGCUCAAAGCUUGCACAGUUGCUGGCUGUGCCACCAGCAGCAAGGUAGUUGCGGCUACGACCCGAGGAGUUCCGCAGAGCAUCCUGCCACCCAGAGUCACAGCCACCAGUGCAGAGACUCUGCAUUUGAUCUGGAGCGUCCCUGAGAAACCAAAUGGCGUCAUUAAAGAGUAUCAGCUCAGGCAGCUUGGAAAAGGUCUCAUCUACACCGACACCACUGACAGGAGACAGCAUACGGUCACAGGUCUCCAGCCAUACACCAACUACAGCUUCACACUUACAGCUUGUACAUCUGCUGGAUGCGCUUCAAGUGAGCCUUUUCUAGGUCAGACUCUGCAGGCAGCCCCUCAAGGAGUUUGGAUGACACCUCGACACAUUAUCAUCAAUUCUACAACAGUGGAAUUAUACUGGAGUCCGCCAGAAAAUCCCAAUGGCCUCAUUUCUCAGUAUCAAUUGAGUCGUAAUGGAACCUUGGUUUUCCUGGGUGGCAGUGAGGAACAGAAUUUCACUGAUAAAAACCUGGAGCCCAACAGCAGAUACAGUUACAGGUUGGAAGCCACUACUGGAGGAGGCAGCAGUCCUAGUGAUGAGCACAUUGUACAAACACCUCUGUUGACGCCGGAAGAAAUCCAGCCUCCAUAUAAUAUCACAGUAAUCGGGCCUUAUUCCAUUUUUGUAGCUUGGACCCCACCAGGGAUCCUCAUUCCUCAAAUACCUGUGGAGUACAAUGUCUUACUCAAUGCCGGAAGUCUAUCUCCUCUGACCUCCUCUGUCGGUCAUCAUCUAUCCAUCCUUCUGGAAAAUUUGGCUCCAUUCACACAGUAUGAGAUAAGGAUACAAGCGUGUCAAAAUGGAAGUUGUGGAGUUAGCAAUAGGAUGUUUGGCAAGACACAUGAAGCAGCCCCAAUGGAUCUGAGUCCCCCUGUUGUUAAGGCACUGGGGUCAGCCUGCAUAGAAGUUCGGUGGAUGCCACCUAAAAAGCCAAAUGGAGUCAUCACCAACUACUUUAUUCACAGACGUCCUGCUAGCACUGAAGACGAGUCCCUUUUGUUUGUGUGGUCAGAAGGAGCCCUUGAAUUUACUGAUGCUGCAGAUACUCUGAAGCCAUUCACACUCUACGAAUAUCGGGUCAGAGCCCAUAACUCCAGGGGCUCCGUGGAGAGUCUGUGGUCCUCAGCACGGACUCUGCAAGCCCCACCUCAAGAUUUGCCAGCCCCUUCGGCUCAAGCCACUGGUCCUCAUUCAGUUCUGCUGAAUUGGACGAAGCCGGGAUCUCCCAAUGGCAUUAUCUCCCAGUACCGUGUGGUCUACCAAGAAAGACCAGAUGACCCAACGUUUAACAUUUCUACUGUGCAUGCUUUCACAGUGAUGGGAACGAACCAUGAAGCCCAUCUCUUUGGGUUAGAACCAUUCACAACGUAUUACAUUGGUGUUGUGGCCACAAACCAGGCAGGAGAAAUUUCAAGCCCCUGGACUCUGGUUCAAACCCUAGAAUCUUCUCCAAGUGGCCUGAGCAACUUUACAGUAGAACAGAAAGAGAAUGGCCGGGCAUUGUUACUGCAGUGGUCAGAGCCUGCGAGAACCAAUGGCGUGAUUAAGGAAUAUAACAUCUUCAGUGAUGGCGUUCUGGAGUACACUGGCCUGACUCGUCAGUUUCUCUUCCGGCGCCUGGAGCCUUUCACUGUCUACACGCUGACCCUGGAGGCCUGCACCAGAGCAGGCUGCGCCCACUCAGAGCCCCAGCUUCUGUGGACCGAUGAAGCUCCUCCCCACUCUCAGUUGGCUCCUAAGAUCCAGUCCGUGGGGGCCACCAGCGUGGAGUUGAGCUGGUCUGAGCCUGUUAACCCAAAUGGAAAGAUAAUUCGUUAUGAAGUGAUUCGCAGAUGCUUCGAGGGAAAAGCUUGGGGGAAUCAGACAAUCCAGGCCGAUGAGAAAAUUGUUUUCACAGAAUAUAAUACUGAAAGGAAUACAUUUAUGUAUAAUGACACAGAUUUGCAGCCAUGGACGCAGUGUGAAUAUAAAAUCUUCACUUGGAAUUCAGCAGGUCAUACCUGUAGCCCUUGGACUGUGAUAAGGACGAUGCCAGCCCCUCCGGAAGGUCUCUCUCCUCCAGAGACAGCCUAUGUAUCAAUGAACCCCCCAAAACUGCUGAUUUCCUGGAUCCCACCAGAACAGACUAAUGGGAUCAUCCAGUCCUAUAGGCUUCAAAGGAAUGGACUGCUCUAUCCUUUCAGCUUUGAUGCUGCGACCUUCAAUUACACCGAUGAAGAACUGCUUCCAUUUUUCACAUACAGUUAUGCAGUCACAGCGUGCACGAGUGGAGGCUGCUCCACCAGCAAACCCACCAACGUCACAACUCUUGAGGCUGCUCCCGCAGGGGUUGGCCCUCCAGCUCUUUGGGCCAUCAGUGCCACUCAAAUAAACGUAUCUUGGUCACCACCAUCAAUUCAAAAUGGAAAGAUCACUAAAUAUUUGCUUAGAUUGGAUGAUAAGGAGUACCUCGCCGGGCAGAGUCUGUUCCUGUUGGUUUCUCACCUGCAGCCUUAUACUCAGUAUAAUUUCUCCCUAGUAGCCUGCACGAAUGGUGGUUGCACAGCUAGUGCGUCAAAAUCUGCCUGGACAAGGGAGGCCCCACCACAGAACAUGGACCCUCCAAAAUUGCAAGUCACGGGCUCAGAGUCAAUAGAAAUCACCUGGAAACCCCCAAGAAACCCAAACGGCCAGAUCAGAAGUUAUGAACUUAGGAGGGAUGGAGCUAUUGUAUACACCGGCCUGGAAACUCACUAUCACGAUUUUACUCUCACCCCAGGUGUGGAGUAUGGCUACACAGUGACUGCCAACAACAGCCAAGGGGGUAUUUUGAGUCCACUUGUCAAAGAGCAAACCAGCCCCUCAGCGCCCUCAGGGAUGGAACCUCCAAAACUGCAGGCCCAGGGUCCCCAGGAAAUCUUAGUGAACUGGGACCCUCCAGUGAGGACAAAUGGCAACAUCGUCAACUAUACCCUCUUUGUCCGUGAGCUGUUUGAAAGAAAAACAAAAAUCAUACACAUAAACACAACGCAUAAUUCUUUUCGUACACAGGCAUUCACACUAAACCAGCUGAAGCCAUUUCACAGGUAUGAAGUACGAAUUCAAGCCUGUACCACGCUGGGGUGUGCAUCAAGUGACUGGACGUCCAUUCAGACCCCUGAGAUUGCACCCCUGAUGCAACCCCCUCCACAUCUAGAGGUCCGGAGGGCUCCCGGGGGAUUCCAGCCCACGGUUUCCCUUUUGUGGACAGGACCACUUCAGCCAAAUGGAAAAGUUUUAUACUAUGAAUUGUACAGAAGACAAAUAGCGACUCAGCCUGGAAAACCAAAUCCAGUGCUAACCUAUAAUGGAAGCUCAAGCUCUUUUAUGGAUUCUGAACUAUUGCCUUUCACAGAAUAUGAAUACCAGGUCUGCGCAGUGAAUUCAGCAGGAAAAGCCCCCAGUAGCUGGACACGGUGUAGAACUGGGCCCGCCCCCCCAGAAGGUCUCAGGGCCCCCAGGUUCCACGCGGUCUCUUCCACCCAAGCAUUGGUCCACAUCAGCGCCCCUCGGAAGCCCAACGGAAUCGUCAGUCUCUACAGAUUGUUCUCCAACGACACCAGCGGGGUGGAGACAGUGCUGUCUGAAGGCAUGGCCACCCAGCAGACGCUUCACGGCCUGCAGCCCUUCACCACGUACUCCAUUGGGAUAGAGGCUUGCACCUGCUUCAACUGUUGCAGCAAAGGGCCCAUGGCGGAGCUGAGAACUCAUCCCGCGCCCCCCUCGGGACUGUCCUCUCCCCGGAUCCAGACCCUGGCCUCCAGGACAGCCUCCUUCCAGUGGAGUCCCCCUCUGUUCCCCAAUGGUGUCAUUCAAAGCUAUGAGCUCCAGCUCCACACGGCUUGUCCUCCUGGUUCAGCUGUACCCUGUACUCCCAGCCAGACUGAGACAAAGUACAUGGGACCAGGACAGACAGCCAGCCUUGGGGGUCUCCAGCCUUACACCACCUACAAGCUGAGAGUGGUGGCCCACAACGAGGUGGGCAGCACAGCUUCCGAAUGGAUCAGCUUCACCACCCAAAAAGAACCACCUGAGUACCGAGCCCCGUUUUCGGUGGACAGCAACUUGUCUGUGGUGUGUGUAAACUGGAGCGGCUCUUUCCUUCUGAAUGGUCCACUGAAGGAGUUCAUGUUAACCGAUGGAGGACAGCGGGUGUACAGUGGCUUUGACACCACCCUCUACAUACCAAGGACAGCGGACAAAACCUUCUUUUUCCAGGUCAUCUGCACUACCGAGGAAGGCAGCGUGAAGACACCUUUGGUCCAAUAUGAUACUUCUACGGGAUUUGGCCUGGUGCUGACAACUCCUGGAGACAAGAGGGGAUCGGGGAGCAAAAGCCCAGAGUUCUACAGCGAGUUAUGGUUCAUUGUACUAAUGGCAAUGCUGGGCUUGAUCUUGUUGGCCAUCUUCCUGUUCCUGCUACUACAAAGAAAAAUCCACAAAGAACCAUAUAUCAGAGAGAGACCUCCCUUAGUACCUCUUCCGAAGAGGAUGUCUCCAUUGAGCGUCUACCCACCGGGGGAGACCCAUAUGGGAUUAGCCGAUACCAAAAUCCCCCGGUCUGGGACCCCCAUGAGUAUGAGAAGCAACCGGAGCAUCUCUGUACUUCGCAUCCCAAGUCAGAGCCAAAUCAGCCAAACCUAUUCGCAGGGCUCUCUCCACCGCAGUGUCAGCCAACUCAUGGACAUUCAAGACAAGAAAGUCUUGAUUGAUGACUCGCUGUGGGAAACCAUCAUGGGCCACGAUAGUGGACUGUAUGUGGAUGAAGAGGACCUGAUGAAUGCCAUCAAGGGUUUCAGCUCUGUGACUAAGGAACACACCACAUUCACCGACACCCACCUGUGA